GUUAUAUUAGCUGCUUUUUUUCUUCCAUAGUGCCCGAAAAGCUUAUAAACAUGUCAAAAAAGAGUGAGAAGGUGCUUAAAAAUACGAUGUGCUGGGAGCUGAAACGGUACGGCCGGUUUGUGCCGAAAAGUGCCGCAGGUGCAGGCGGGACUUCGUGGCGGAUUUUUGACAACACUAAUAGCGCAGGAAAGGUGUUGUUAACUGUAGUGGAGUCAGGACACCUGCUCGUGUCCCAGGACCAGGAACUGCUGGAGGGUUUCUCCCUGGCUGACGCUCCAAGCUUCCUGAAGGUAUCACAGAAGUCAGACAUCUUGCUGUUCCAAAUGAUGGUCAAGGGUGAGGGCCGUAUGUUCCGAGUGCAGUUUGCGGGUGCCAGCAAGGCAGAGACAUUGGAGCAGUGCAAGAGUGCUGCUUCCCAGCUGCAGAAGUAUGUCCCUGUAAGCUCCCAGCAGGACACACCUCCACCCCAUGGUAACAUGCAGCCCACAAUGAAACGCAAAGGAGAAGCACAGACUAGCCCACAAAAGGUGUGUGUUGGAGGGCAACCAGGAAGUUCAGCUGAAGUGGCCCAAGGCUCACUGUCUCUACAGCGGCUUGCACAGUGCUUCCUGGGACAGGGCAGGCUCUCUUUGCCUCUGGCAUACCACCACCAGUCCCUUCCCACCGAAAGCCUUGAGUCUUUCCUACGCCUCUGCCUGCUGGACCACACUUUCCCAUCAUUUGUCGAACAGGUGGAGGCUGAGCUGAACAAGCUGGCCCAAAACUGAAUGCAGCAUCAGGUGGCUGCAGAUGGAUACAUUUACCAGUGUGUGUUCCACUGAUGCCGUCUUGGUGCAUAUAGAUAGGGACUGAAGGUUGUAUUCACAAGUUCAAGUACACAGUUUGCACCAUUCACACAGUGCAUGGUUUAUAUUAAUUUUUUUAUAACGCAACUGACCGGCUUCUAAAAAAAAAUAGAGCAUAAAGAAUUUUUUCAGAGGAUUUAUUUCUUAAAAAUUAUUUGUUUCACAUGUUUGGUAGUGGUUUGUAACCGCCCUCUCUCAGUCCACCCAACUUUAAAUCUUUAGCACUGCAACACACAUGGGCACUGUACUUAUAGAGGAGUCAUGCAGCUACAGUAGUGCAGUACUUAACACCAGCUCAGUAAAAAGUGAUGCCACAACAUUAAAGCUUUAUCGUAGAGAAAAACAAACAGCUCUCACUUCAACAUUGUGUGUCUCUAGAGGAAUAAAUAUUGCAUAGGAUAAUAGCCAUGCUGUACAUAAAUAUUUAAAUAAAGUUAAUAAAGAAAUGAGCAUUACAAAAUGAAAUUUUACAGA